AUGGCCAACCAUUUGAAGCUUUCCAGCUUCUACGGGUCCAAUAUCGCCCGGCCGUACAUUGUGUUCGACCCACAGGGUGCAGAGGUCUCGGCACGGGUCGACCGACCCCGUGUCAACGACGCCCUUAUCGCCUGGGGGAGCAAGGUUCCGGUCAGUGCCGGGGGCCUCCUUGAGAAACCCCGCUGGGAGGGAGAGGAGCCUCCAACCCUGGUCAAGCCCUUGAAUGACUUCCAGCUCUUCAUCAAGGUGCACUCGGUGGAGAAGAGGUUGGACAUCCUGGCUGUAAAUUCCCAUCUGAUGGUCGAGCCAGACCAGCCGGCCUUCAUGGCAAGCGCAGCCGUUUUUUGGAAAGAGCGGCUGAAUGAGGAGGAGCGCCAGGCUUACCAGACCCGUGCCCGAGAGAUGCGGGCGCAGUACAAGACUGACCUGGCAGCUCUGGAGCAGAGUAAUCCUCGAUACAAGACUUUCAGAGAGCACUUGAAGCGCUACAAGCAGUCUGUGUCCGGCAUCGUCAGCGCGGCGAGGGAGCAGGCAGGCCCGCUGUGGAAGGUGCAACGCCGGCUGAUGGGCAAGGGGAGGUACUCCAAGAUGGGGGAACCGGCGGCGAGGUGGGCGUCGCCGGCGCGGGUGAACAGGCGCGCCGGCACCGACGGGCCCCCAGCCAGCACGACGCGCUCCGCCUCCCCUAGCACCGACUCCGACUCCGACUCUGACUCCGACGGCAAAAGCGAGCUUGAGGCCUCGAUCCCCGCCACAAACGCGGCACGCCCUCGCUGUGCCACCCGCGCUCCCGACGGCGGGCAGGCCUCGAGGGAGUCCCAGCAGCAGGCAGACCCGGCGGCGGCCCUCAACCUGCAGGACCUCGACCUUGCCUCGCCCGCCAAGCGCUCGCGCCGUGUCCGUCCCUGA